AUGGAAGCGACUGAGGGGGACACCAAGAGGCGGAAGCGCCGCGAGGGGGAGGCGCGGGCUGGGGAGAGCGCGGCAGGGGGGAGCAGCGGCGCCGACUCGGGGAUGAAGGUCAAGAAGAAGCUUGAUAUCGACGCGCUCAAGAAGAAGUUGGCCGAGGACAAGAUGAAGUUGGAACGGCUGAAGAUGAGCAGGGAGCAAGAGAAGCGAGCGAGGAUCCAGGUGACGCACAUGCCGCCCCUCACAUCCCUGGCGGAUUCGUACCAGGUUGAGAGGACCGUUCCCAGCAACGUGGUGAAUUUGAGGUACCAGCAGGAGGAGAUGAUGCGGAAGUUGAAGAAACUGAAGCGAGAGGAGCGACUUGUCGCCAAGAUGCAGCAGAGCCGCGCCGACGGCAAGCAGAGUGCCGGUCCCGACAAGCAAGCGCCUCAGGUUGAGCGCAAGAGAAAGGUUUUGUCCUUUUUGGAGCCCGAGGCAUUGGCGCGGAAGACGGAGGGACAAAUGGAGGAAAUUCUCCAAAUGAAGUUGGUCAGAGAAAAGCAACGGUCUAUGUUCGAAGAAAUUGGGCAGGGCCAUCGAGUAAGGCCCAAGCCGACUAAAAUUCCUGAUGUCGAAUGGUGGGAUUUGCCCUACAUUGUCACAGAGGAAGCAGGACAAGAAGAGUCGGGCGACAAGGGCGCCUCGUCUGCAACCGCGCAGCUUCUCGACACCUCGAAACUCAAGACCGAGUUAAUAACCAACGUCAUCGAACACCCCGAGCUGACCUAUCCUCAGGCCGAGCCGCCCCUCCCGCCCCCUCCGCCGAUCAUGCUGACCCGCGCCGAGCAAAAACGCAUUUCCGUUCACGACCCCACCGCCGUGGAAAGGAAAGUCCGCGCGGAAAUGGCCGCUCGCGUGUCCCGACACGAGGCGCGCAACAACGAGCGCAAGCUGACUCCAGAACAACGAAAAGAAAAAGAAAAGGCAAAACUGGUCGAAGACACGUCCCUAAAAUCGAACGUCGCUGUCUUCAAAGUCCUGUCUCUUGCCAACCCGAGAAACCGCUUCAAAAUCGACAUCGAGGCCAACAAAAACCUGCUCACUGGGUGCGUCAUCUUGAGCGACUCGUUCGCGCUUGUCGUCGUAGAGGGCGGACCCAAGGCCGUCAAACGGUACAAAAAACUCAUGACCAAAAAAAUAAAAUGGACCGAAGAAAUUCCCCCGCCGAAAAACCCGCAACAACAGCAAGGACCGGAUGAGAAAGACGACAAGGGUUCCGAUCGCGUUCUGGGCGCCAAUAUCCCGCCUUCCGAAAACAAAUGCUGGCUCAUCUGGGAGGGUGAAGUCCUAAGAAGAGCAUUCAUCAACUUCCGGUUUGAAACCCUAUCGAACAAACCCAGAAAGUCGCUUGAAAAACUAGGAAUCGCCCACUACUGGGAUUUGGCCCUAAAUUAUCAAGCCAAAACCAUAUGA